AUGAUGUCCCUCACUGUUGGCGUCUUGGCCCUGCAGGGCGGCUUCAUCGAGCACAUCGACCUCCUUCAUCGUGCCGCCUCCACCGUGUUCCCCUCGAUGCGCCCCGAGGCUGUUUUCACGGCCAUCGAGGUUCGCACGCCCGCGGAUCUCGACCAGUGCGAUGCCUUGAUCAUUCCCGGUGGCGAGAGCACCACUAUCGCUUUUGUGGCUCACCAGUCGGGCCUCUUGGAGCCUCUCCGCGACUUUGUCAAGGUCAAGAGAAAGCCCGUCUGGGGCACCUGCGCCGGCCUCAUCCUCCUCGCCGAGCAGGCCCACGGCGCCAAGAUCGGCGGCCAGGAGCUCAUCGGCGGCCUCGACGUUGCCGUCGCCCGCAACCACUUUGGCCGCCAGCUCCAGAGCUUCCAGGCCACCAUCCGGCUCCCCUUCCUGGGCGAGAACCAGCCCGUCAACCAGUCCGAACCGGUGGACGAGGAGUUUCCGGCCAUCUUCAUCCGGGCUCCGAUAGUUGAGGAGAUCCUGAACGACAAUGUGGAGGUCCUUGCCACGGUCACCCGCGAAGAUAAGGUCAAGCGCGGUUCUACCGUUGGCGAGAAGGAGAAAGACGACGUCAUUGCGGUUCGACAAGGCUCCAUUGUGGGCAUGAGCUUUCAUCCUGAGCUCACUGAGGAUCCUCGCAUCCACGCCUGGUGGCUUAGACACAUUCUGAGCACUAUCUGA